UCCUUAAUUACUCGAUGCCUCUGCGAGACGCACACAUUAGCGUCCAUGGCCGCUUCAGUCCUUUCGGCGAGGGACCACGGCACGCCCGGUGGCACACGCCAGCGCCACGCGUCGCGUCGGCAGAUUUUUCAUUAAAUGCCUUUUUCUCGGAUUUCCAUUGGCUGCCAAGAAUCCGAGCUGUCGGUGUUCGGAUCUGCCUCGGCCGCUCGAGCUCGUCUGCACUUUAUCGACGAGAGCAGGGCCCGAGCUUCGAAAUCCUACGGCUCGGGAAUUUGUGCAGUUUCCCGGAGGCUUAUGAAUUCUGUCCCGAUUCCCGUCGAUUGAAACAACCCUCUGGCACGCUCGGUGGCACUGGGAUCGGAGUCGGAGUCAGAAAUUCGAGGGCUCGAAAUACCGCAUGCGGUGCGGAGGAGCGAGUCGCCGGUGCGGUGUCGUGGCCUGGGACUGCGGUGCUGUUGAAUUUGCGUGGAAUCAUCGACAGUACGGCGCUGGGGUUCGGACAAACAGAUCACUGUGGGCUCUGAGGACUUGGGAAGCGGGAAAGCAAAAGGUUGUUGGAGGUUGCGAGUUUUCUCGGCGUGACCGGGUUCGCUGACUGGACGAGGACAUGGUGCCAUCCGGGCUCGUUGCUUUGGAAUUGUGCCGGAAUUGUCCUUCUCUCUCGAUGCUUGCGAAAUGACACUCGGCUUGAGGCCGGUGCACGAGGAGUUGGUUAUGCUCAUCUACAGAAGCUAACGGCCCACGUGCAAAGAAUUCUGCUCGUUGCAUUCGGUUUUCAAAUUCAAAUACGGGAUAGCAAAGUUACCACCGCACUUGAUUCUCCUGUGCUUCUUGUCACAGAACGACGGCAUCGACGACAGCCUCCAAUUGCAUGAGACGGCCAUGUCGACUUACAACCUGCGUGUUUGUUCGUUCAAAUUGUGGAUUGCCGCAUCAUCAGCCUCUGUCUCAUCCUCGUUGGAUCCACAGUUGAGCUCCUCGUCGAGGAACUUGUAAAUUAUGUAUUGUUGGUAAUUAUGUUCUACGCCAGUGGUCGCAAGUUAUAUCCACGGCUCUUUAAGGGAAUAGAUAUCUGUAUAAGAGUUUUUUCACGUAUUAUAGAGGAAUCGAACGGGCACCCCCUUCCACUUCCAACAACGAAAAAACUUAUACUAACAGAUCGUGGCCAUAGGUCCUGACCUCUUCCAUCACCGUGGAGCAGGCCAAAUUACUCUACCAGGAAUGAGAGCAAAAAGAACAGACCGCUUUCAAAAGGUUUGGUACAUUCUGUUGAGUAAGCAACAUUUCGCUUUCUUAUAUAUGAGUACUCACUGCAUUAUAUGUACUUAACCACGGCUUCAUUAACUGGUCCUGACAGAUCCUCUCCCGCUGUGCCUCUGUUUAAUGUGACCAGUCGUAGCCAGCAGACGAGACUUAUCUCGAUGCUUCUAAUCAGAUGUGUAACUGAUUGGUAAACGUCAUGACAAGGGAGCAACUGAUAACCACUGAGAAUGUCCACAAAUAUAUGUCGUGAGAUUUAGCAUGGAGUUACUCCCAGUGGCCACCCACUCUGAUUGAUGCUCAUCACUUGUCCCCAGACAGCAGAAAACAAAACAAAACGGGAAUCAAUGAAAGUAAGCAAGUGGACAGAUCAGUAAAGCAAGUGAACAAACAUGCCAAUCAGGGGAACAUGAUUUGGCGGCCGAGGCAAAUAUGUGAAACUGGUCAAAAUUGUAGUUUUGAACUCGCUUUAAACUCAAAACUCCAUGAUGCUAAUACAAACUCUGUAUUUACUGAGAAAUGGGACAAUGUUGGGAUGUUAAGCUUUGCCGUCAAUAAAGGCAUCUAUGUUCUGUAGCAACUCAAAGGAACCGGUUCCCGAUUCAACCACCCGGCCCAUAACGAUACGGGCGGAUGGAGAUGAAAGGUUAUCUCUUUGCCUUUUCAGCGUGGCAUCCAUGAGAAAGGUAGUUGCAGUCUCAUAGCUCAUCUUCAAAAAUGGAGAAGGGCUGGAAUAUAUGCCCAGCCGAUUGCAUGGCCUGUACCCGCCUUGGCAGGUCAUAAAAUCUGAUAUCAAACUCAAGUGACGAGGGUUCACGCCUAUACCAUAAGAACCGAACACUGACAGCACCUCCGACAUAAUGGUCUGGCGUGCAGCUUCCACACCAUAAACACGAAGAAUUGUGGCGAUGUUGUUCGUGGUGAGGUUAUUGACAUCGAGGUCGUCAUGUAGAGCCCAGAACCCUUCUAAGUUCACUCCGUCCGUCUGGAGGGCAUAGAGAGGCGGCCCGUCCGGAUUUUUCUUGUCUUUGGUUUCAAUUACCGAGCACUUGUCGAUCCCUUUAACAUACCGUACCGAGACCUGUUUGGCGACUUUCUCCACC